AUGAGAAUUCUUGUCUUCCUUUCCUGCCUCUCCUUGGCACUUGGUAAACUGAUCGUUGGAGGCUCGGAGGCGCCCCUUGACAGUCGCCCGUACCAAGUUGCUCUCUCCAGAAACUAUGCCGGAGGAUCUUUCGUUCAAGCCUGCGGGGGAACUCUGGUACACAGAAGCUGGGUAGUCAGUGCGGCACACUGCAUAGGAGCCAGCAGAGUCGACGUUGGGCUCGGGUAUCACAGCUUAUCGGCCGGUGGUGAGCAAAUAAUCACAGGCACAUGGAUUAAGUACCCUGGUUACAACUCUGGCACGUAUGACAAUGACGUGGCGCUGAUUAAACUGGACACCCCUGCGACCAUCACGGACAAAGUAAAGACCAUUGGAAUUGCAAAGGCUGGUUCGGACGUAGCGGCCGGUACGAGUCUGCUGGUCAGCGGCUGGGGAGCCUUGUCGUCUGGCGGAAACUAUCCUGAUAAACUUCAGCAGGUGGUGGUAACGGCGGUAAGCCGUGGCCAGUGCAACAGCGACUACGGUGGCAGUAUCACUAACAACAUGUUCUGUGCAUCGGCACCGGGAAAAGACUCCUGUCAGAAUGACAGCGGUGGCCCGAUUGUCAGUAACUUCGACGAGAAUAAACACGUGAACGGCGUAAUUCUGGAAGGCAUCGUCAGCUGGGGCGCCGGCUGCGCUGAUGCCAGAUAUCCCGGAGUCUACGCUCGCGCAGCAAACUACUGCGCAUGGUUCGCCGAGAAGUCGUCAAAUGACGUCACCUGCUAGACGUCCGCUGAUUGGCCACAUCAUAGCUGACGGCUUUCUGGACGCUUGGUGGCAGCAUACUCACAUUUAAAACCACGUCAACUAUAAUGUGUUUGUGCUGCAAUACUGAAUUUCAUAUUAGAGAGAAUGAAAGUAGAAUUGAGUAGAAAUAUUGAGAAUAUCUUCUGCACAGCCUGGACAGUACUGUUCACCUCUACGUACCAAUCAACUAAAGACAAUGACUACACUGCAAAAACUGUGUUUAGCAAUUACACACCUUUCUAAACACUUUCUUGCU